GAGCGGGUCCGUGUCCGGGGGCGGGGGCAGUGCCGAGUCAAAGACGAGUGAAGGUGGAAGCGACGGCGGUGGCGGCGGCGACAGGCAGCCAUGGCGGAGCUGCAAGAGGUGCAGAUCACUGAAGAGAAGCCACUGCUGCCAGGACAGGCGCCGGCGGCCGCUAAGGAGGCUGAGUUAGCAGCUAGAAUCCUCCUAGAUCAGGGACAGACUCACUCUGUGGAGACCCCCUAUGGCUCUGUUACCUUUACUGUCUAUGGCACCCCGAAGCCCAAGCGUCCAGCAAUCCUCACCUACCAUGAUGUGGGGCUCAACUUCAAGAGCUGUUUCCAGACACUGUUCCAGUUUGGGGACAUGCAAGAAAUCCUGCAGAACUUUGUCCGGGUUCACAUCGAUGCACCGGGCAUGGAAGAGGGAGCGGCUGUCUUCCCCCUGGGGUACCAGUAUCCAUCUCUGGACCAGCUGGCUGACAUGAUUCCUUGCAUCCUGCAGUUUUUAAACUUCUCCACCAUCAUCGGGAUCGGGGUCGGAGCUGGAGCCUACGUGCUGUCCCGCUAUGCUCUCUCACACCCCGAAACGGUGGAGGGUCUCGUCCUCAUCAACAUCGACCCCAAUGCCAAGGGCUGGAUGGACUGGGCUGCACACAAGCUGACCGGUCUGACGUCCUCCGUGCCGGAGAUGAUCCUCGCACACCUCUUCAGCCAGGAGGAGCUAUCGGGCAGCUCGGAGUUGGUGCAGCGCUACCGGGAGGUGAUCGUGCAUGCGCCCAACCUGCCCAACAUGGAGCUGUACUGGAACAGCUACAACAAUCGUCGAGACCUGAACUUUGAACGUGGAAGUGACAUCACCCUCAAAUGCCCCGUGAUGCUGGUGGUGGGGGACCAGGCACCCCAUGAAGAUGCUGUGGUGGAGUGUAACUCGAAGCUGGAUCCCACCCAGACCUCCUUCCUUAAGAUGGCCGACUCGGGAGGUCAGCCUCAGUUGACCCAGCCAGCCAAGCUGACUGAGGCCUUCAAGUACUUCCUGCAAGGAAUGGGUUACAUGGCCUCGUCCUGUAUGACGCGUCUGUCCCGCUCCCGCACCGCCUCGCUGACCAGCGCAACUUCCAUCGACGGCUCCCGCUCCCGCUCCCGCACGCUGUCCCAGAGCAGCGAGUCCGGCCCCCUCCCCCCGGGACCCACUAUGGAGGUCUCCUGCUGAACCCCCCUUCCCCCUCCUCCCCUCCAGCACGGGGCUCGGGGGGGAGAGAGCAAGGGGGGUGGGGGCGGGCCCCCAGGAGACGGUCUCAUACCCUGGGCCUCAGACCUUGACCUUUGAUUGGAUGGAUCCCCAACCCUGACCUCUAACUUGUGACCCCAAAGGAGAAGCCCCAAGAUCUUUCCCUAAGAUGUUUCCCCCUCUGUGGUGGAGAAUCAGGAGGUGGGGGUCUGCUUGCCCCCUGUAGUAUUCUGGAGCCUCUGAUUCAGGAAGUGCCCUGUUGCCACCAACCAACAGGGGAAAAGGGGAAGGUAUCCCCGGAGCUGAGAGGAGGAGGCUAAUGGCUAUCAGCCUCCAUGGAAAGGGAGAGGGGAGCGAGGUUGCAUUAGUAUGUGCGUGGUUGGGGCUGGGGGGUGGAGGGGAAGAGUGCUAGGAGACUACUGAGGAGGAAGUACCGCUUGCCCCAGGCUGGGUCAAGAAGGCCAGAGGGUGAGGGCAGAUGGGAGGGGGAAGUGAGUAGGACUGUGCAGGGGAGGGCCUGGGGACUGGGGGCUGCUUGGCUGCACUAACCUGCAUAGCUUUCAGUGUGUAUGGAGUGGGGAAGGGGCUGCACCCCUGCCUAAUGCUGCUUGAGAAAUGUGGAGGGAACCACGGGGUUAUUGACCACAUCGUGGGGGGCUUUCUGGCGGGGGGAUGAGAAUUCCUCCAGUGAGCCCCCACACAUCCCCCAUAGAAAUAAAGUGCAUAGAAGAAUCGGU